CUCAGACUCGCUGGUUCUGACAGCACCUGCUGCUCUGGUACUUGGCAUCAUCAACCAUGUUGAAGGACAAUGUGCUGAUAUUUAUGGGCAUCUGCUGCCUCUGUGUAAAGAUAAAGCCCCUACAUGCAAAGACAUGGCCUCUACAAGAUAGCAUCGUUUCCAAAGCUUCAGAUGUCCAAAAAUUGGAUGGUGGUCCAGCAGCACAGGAAACAAUACAGGUUCCACAAUUAGGAGAUCCUGGAGUGGUUCAGAACAUCUCCAACCAGACUGUCAUGCAGAAAACCACAAAUGACUCACUGAAGUCUUCUGAUGCCUCCAUCCAUCUCUUCACAAUCCCUCUGAGUUUAUCUCCUGACUCUGUUGACGACAUGUAUUAUGGCUGCUCCCACAAUAUGCUCAUCAAGGUGAAACGUGAUUACCUUCCUAAGAGCACCAACGAUCAUCUGUACACCGCAUCCACAACACUUUGUGCCCAUAAAGCCAUGAAAAAUAAGGACAUCGCUGACCUGCUAUCAUUGGACCACUUCAGGGCUUUGUGUGCCUACACAGCGGGGGCAUAUGCUGACCUUAACCGUGCUGUACGUAAGGGGAAGACUUUCUACAGGAACUCAUUUGAAUUCCACGCCCUCCACUUCCUGUUGUCUGAUGCAAUCAGACUGCUGAAACUUAACCAAGGGACCUGUUUCACCACCUACCGAAGAAGCCGACGGCUUUUCAGCAGCCAGGUUGGACAAACCAUUCGCUUUGGCUCCUUUGCCUCCAGCUCCCUCAGCAACAAUCUGACUCAAUUUGGACGCAGGACCUGCUUUGACAUACGUACAUGUUAUGGUGCCUACCUAAAGUCCUAUUCAGAGUUUGACUCGGAUGAAGAUGAAGUACUGAUUCCUCCAUAUGAGAUGUUUAAUAUUGUCUCUGUUGACAUGUCAGGAGACAGCCAUUUACACUGUGAUGUUGUCUACAAGCUUGAGACUGCUGGGAUAUACAGCAGUCUAAACUGCCAGGCUGUUGACCUUUAAAAGCUGGAGCAUGUCAUUUUAACUAUAAUGUCAUUUUGAUCAUUGCCGUCGUUGUGAUGGGUCCACCACUCAAUGUGUUUAUAUGCAUUACUGUAAAUAUAUUAAAGCAAUAAUUGGUAACACUUUCUAUUAAGGUUGUAUUUAUAAUGCCCUAUGAAUGCACUCAUAUUUUAUAAGGUGUCUUUAAA